AUGCGUCCUUUCGUCAUCCUCGCGGCGGCACUUCUUGGUGCCGUCAACGCCCUCGACCCUAUCUGCGACGCCGAGUGUCGAAAGGGAUGCGACGAAGCCUGCCAGGCGGCCAUCCAGACCACCUACGAGGCCGAGUCGGCCCUCUGGGUCGGCGACAUCGUGUCGGACCCUUUCUACUCGACCCCGGCCAACUUCACCGGUGCCAAGCCGGGGGACAUCCUGCGAUGGGAGGACGUCCCCGCCGAGCAGCUCACCUCCAACUGGACCAUCCCCGCCGGCCUCUCGCUCUCCCGUGUUCUCUACGUCACAGAAGACGUCGACCGUAAGCCCAUCCCGGCCUCCGCCUGGGUCCUGCUGCCCUUCCACAACCCCUUCGCCAAGCCCGCCGGCGGCGGCGGCGGCGCGGAGCAGAACAAACUGCGCACCGUUGUCUGGACCCACGGGACCGCCGGCCGCAGCCGGCUCUGCGCGCCGACCAACAACAAGGGGCUCUACUACGACUGGAAGGCCCCCUUCAUCCUGGCCGAGUCCGGGUACGCCGUCAUCGCCCCCGACUACGCCGGCCAGGGCUCCGACAUCCCCCAGGGGUUCAUGUACGAGUCUGGCUGGCUGCACGUCGCCGACGUCGCCUACUCCCUCGUCGCCGCGCGCAAGGUCAUCGGCGACCUUCUCGGCAGCAGGUGGAUGGUCUACGGCCACAGCGAGGGCGGCAUGACCGCCUGGCGCACCAAUGAGCGUCUGGCCCAGCCCGGGCAGGAGGCCCUCCUGGCGGCCGGCGAGUUCCUCGGCUCCGUCGCCGCCGCCCCCGCCCUGCGGCCGCAGAAGCUGAUCCCGGCGUCCCUCACGCGUGCCCAGGGCCAGCCGGCCCGCGACCCCUUCUCAGUCUACUUCCUCCAGUCGCUGGCCGCGCUCUUCCCCGACCAGAUCAAGGUGGCGGAUUACCUGGGCGAGAUCCCGCUGCAGCGCCUCGGGGCCCUGGACAAGUCGUGCUUCCAGUCCGGGUUCGCCAUCGUCGGCGGCUUCACGCCGGAGCAGCUCUACAAGAGCACGAGCUGGCUGAUGCUCCCCGUGACGGACGACUGGGCGGUGCGGUAUAACGGCCAGGGCCCGCACUCCGUCAAGGCCCCGAUGCUGGUCAUCUCGGGUGAGGACGACACCAUCACGCCCAACGACCUAACUCUCGACGACUUCAACAAGACCUGCGCGGCAUUCCCCGGGAGUUCCAUCCACGCGCGCGUGUACCCGGACAUGGGACACGGGCAGGUCUUGGAGGCAGCCCGGGCCGACAUCGCGGCCUGGAUCGACGCCAGGUUCGAGGGCGUGCCUGUGCCCGAGGGCUGCGUCAAGGAGGACGUCGAAACCAUCACCAAGAGAUAUGCUACCAGGGACAUCUUCUGGCACGGCUCCGUCGUUCCUUUCUGA